UAUGAUAAAGAAAUGGUAAAUGCACUGUUAGAGAUUCAAAACUAUCAACAUCAACUAAAAAAAAUACUAGAUAAUGAUAUGUAUGAUUUAAGAUCUGUCAGUAAACCCAAUAACCUAGUGUCUGAUAACUUCUAUGAAGA